AUGUAUAUGGAGUGGUUUGAGGGUCAAGCCUUAACAUCCGCCCCGGUGCGCCCGCGAUACUGGUGGAGAUAUGUUGAUGACUACAUUGACGCAGAACUUGAUCACCUGAGACGGGUACUGGAAACCAAUGGGUACAACUGGCGCCAAUGUACUCGACUGGCGAGUAAUUCAUCAGGUAAAAGACGACCGGCAGUUGCGGAGCGGACUCCAGCAUUUUUACCAUUCGUGAAAGGAGUAACCGACACCAUCGGACACCUGUUACGCCGUAGAUACAGCAUCAGGACGAUCUUCCGCCCACCCGGUCAAUUACGAAACUUGUUACGCUCACCUAAGGACAAGGAUCCACUGGCAGUUCCCGGGGUAUACAUGAUACCGUGCGACUGUGGCUCGAGUUACAUUGGGGAAACUCGCCGCAACAUCACAACCAGACUCAAAGAACACAUACGCAGUGUGAAGAACAGGGACACCCAUACAUCGGCAGUAGCCGAGCAUGCUUGUAGCGCGGGCACGGCUCAUUUCCUUCGCUUCGACAAGGUCUCCGUACUAGCGAGGGAGAAAUACUUUGUACCGCGGAAAGUACGUGAGGCCAUCGAAAUAAGUCGCCGUCCCAACUUCAACAGAGACGGUGGCUGGGCAUUACCACCUGCCUGGAAGCCGAGUCUACAAUCUGCGUCAACCUACAAUGUUGCGGGUCUGGAGUGUGACACAGUGAGCGCGGUAUGUAGCACCGUUUUUGCGCCGACCCGAGAAUCGAAUCUAACACCUGCGCAGCCGGCAAACGAGUCUAACGAGCCAACAUCGUCGCGCGCGCCGGAUAGUGCGCGUGAUUCCAGACAGAGGGCGCGAUGGGCGCGAUCCUCGAGUCGCCAGUAGCAGCGCGACAAUCGCCGCGUCGUGUGUCGCGGAAUGCUGCUCAUGAAUAUGAGCCUCUAGCAUGGCUUGAAACUAGUCGAGUUCCUCGUCAAAAUAUUACGUGAGUAAGCCGA